AAAAUCAAGGAAACUCAAGGAUUACUCAAAGUACACAGGGGUUCGAUCAAAUACAUACUGUUUCAACACGCAAACAUACUGUUCCAAUACCACCAAAACAAGGCUUACAGGGUUUGCCGCCUGUACGCUCGUUUACAUCAUAUAAUAAUCCUCCGAACUCAAAGCUUCCAAUUGUUCAUCAGCACAACACGACGUUACCUUCUCAACGAUUGACAAACUAUCAGCAAAUACCUCAAUAUGUACCAGAUAUGCGUCCUUUAAAUGGUAAUGGUAUGAUGUUUCCACCUACUCUAAAUCAAGCUGAAUCUAUAUCAGGCUUUCAACAGCCACAGCAACCUCUGCAAUCAUAUCAACCACAUAACAAAGUACCAUUCUCUCUUGGUCAUAAACGCUCAGAUAGUUGUCCUCAAUCUCGAUCCUUUCCUUUACCACCUAUUCCCAAUAAUCCAGGAACUUAUCAGGUUUCACAGCAAUCUGCACAUCAAGGAAACAAUCAAUAUAAGAUAGAUCAACCUUCAAAUAUUCAGCCAAAUGGUCCUUAUUUAUCAUAUAAUAAUUCAAGAUCAUUACCAAACUUACAUGACAAUAUAACUGAACCCCCAAUACCACCGAUUCCUUCUAUUCCGGUACCUAAUAGCCAACAACAAAAUAAUAUUAUUACUCCAAUUUACGUUGAUCAUUCGAGGUUAUCAAAUCAAGUAGCUUCUUAUCCUCAUGGUGUACAAGGUAGCAGUAGUAAAAGCACUAAUAAACAAAACUUUAAUCAAACAGUAAAUAGUGGCUAUACUGCUCAGUCAAAAUUAUCAAAUCAAGUAGUUCCUUAUGAUGAAAGAAGAAAAUAA